AUUCCAUCGUUAUUCUCUCCUUCUCCACCUUGCUGUCCACCAUGAUCACUACCACUACUACUAAAGACGUCAUCGCCCAGCUCGUCAAAGCCCCUAGGAUCGAGUUUACGUUCGCUACUCCCGCCCUGCGUACCCGGUUUGGAAUGCGUCAAGCGACCUUUGAUCGCCUUUCUUCUCCUUGCCAACCUGUACCCCAGUCUUCUCUUCCUGCGUCAUCAUCUCAUGGUAGCUCGAUAUCUACUUCUUCUUUCGACACUGACACUUCUUCCGCCUCGUCGUCGGGCUUCCUGACAUCCAUAUCCGCCACAACCUCGAUGAGUAGUAUAGGGACCGGUGAGCACGGUCAAGACCCUCAGUCUUCUCACACCCACACCCUCUAUAUCGAGCUCUUAAAGUGCCUACACCAGGGGAAGACUUACAAUCUCUCUAUCGCUUGCUUCCAAGGUGUGAAACUCUUUGUCAAGGUCGCGCCCAUGUAUGGUGAAGAGGGGGAUCGAGCCAGAAAUGAAUGGUCGAUCUACGACGCAGCCCUGGGAGAUUUAGAGGGUCAACUACAUGGGGUACCACGACUAUUCGGCGUAUUCGGGGGCCACAAGAUCGGUGACAACAAAUACCUUGCACUUCUCUUCCUAAUGGAGUUUCGUGGACAUCCGUUCGACUCUCGCUCUCUUACUCAUUAUAGCAGUCUUUCUCCCAUCCUGCCCGAACACGUAAAAGAUGAUGUGAUAAGAUUGACAAAUCUCAUUCACGAUCGCCGGAUACUCUACGGCCAAGACGGAAACGGUUUCAGCUACGUCUCCUCGCCCGAAGAUGGAUCAAGCGCUUUGGUAGAUUUCACAGAAAGUCAAUUAGUGUCCGAGGAUGAUAUGGACGGGGAAUGGUCCAUCCUGAUAGAGAAUAGGCAGACCAAAAUCUAUCUGGGACGACUGAAGCUUGACAAGCAUAUCGAUGGGUGGACCGAUUGUCCUAUUCCACGCUUGCCAGGCGUCACCUAUAUCAUACUUGACGGUCGUCCAUGGCGACCAGAGGAUAUGCCUUGGUUCGGGCAGUGAUCUGGAUCGGAAACCGAAGUACGUGAUGCCGUACGUCAGUUUGUAGAUGUUAUCUAUGACCAUGCAUCUCGUAAUAUAUU